AUGGAACUCCCAUCAGUAAACUACCAGUACACUGAUACCGUCCCUUCCGACGAUGAUUCAUUUUACUAUUAUGAUAGUGUCGACGAGCGGUUGACACUUCGGUGAGAAUGUGGGCUGAAAACUGAUAAGCGCCAGCGCCAGACAAGACGAAACCCAAUUGAGCAUCUUUUAGCACAUUUUCCUCCUUUUCUCAUCCUCUUUCUCGUUUUUGUUUCAGAAAUCAGGAGUAUUCCGAUGAUAGAAGCAUGCAGCGACGGCAACCGAUUCGUCGUCAGCGCAAUGUGCUGGAUGAUGAACAGACGAGGGAUGCGAUGAAAGUGAGUUUACAAUAUUUCUCCUUCUGUAGGCUGAGAUCAGAAUUGCUUCAGUUGCUCGAGAAAUAUGUCCGAAAGAAGUACCGUCACUCUGCAAUUUAUAGUCAAGAUAACAACGACAUUGAACAGGCUGCCACCCCAGUCGGGCACACUCAAUCCGCGUGUCAAUUUUCGAGGUGAGUUUUUUGGUUUUAGAUUGAAAGAUUGAACACGAACACAUAGAUUGAACACAACUUUGACUGUUCGCUGUUCCGUUAACAUUUUUAUAGUUGACAUUGGGGCAACAGAUGUUCUAUACCAAAAUUUAUCUUCACAUUACCAUUUACAGACAACUAACACCCGCCGAACGUCUCUCGAAUGUCUUCAGCUCAACCCCUCUUGGUCCUGUGCCGGCAGAAUACCACUAUCCGCCAAUUUCUCCACCAUUACAUGAAACAACGUUCAGAAGUGAGAUGAAGUGAGUAUACAAUACAAAAACGUAUUAAAUAGUUGAACUAUUGCAGACUGAAAGCGAGAGAGUCCUGGUGUGCAUGGUUCAUUCGAGUUGUCAAAUUUCUGUAUCAGUUUCUAGGUAAUCCAUGGAAUGUUAUGAGCUCAACACAAUUCCCUUCUUUUUCAGGACUCCAGUACAUCAUUCUCGCAGUGCUGAUCCUCGGAUACGCGUGUCUGGGCGGAUACAUCUUUCAAACUUUGGAACAGGAGAAUCAGUUGCUCGAUUUGGAACACGAGAGAUUGACGAAGAUUGAGGAGUCGACAAUGCUGGCGGAAAACCUGUUGAACUAUAUGAAACGAUGGAAUUGCGUAAGUUUUUUAUCGAGUUUUCUGUAAAACUUGUAAAAAAAAAGUUUGUAGAGCCAGUCAAAUGAGAAGAAGUGUUUGGAACUUAUCACGAAAGCGUUUAUUGAGAGAACUAAUAAAGUUGAGAAUAAUAUCAGAGGAGAAGGUUGGCGAUGGGAUUUCUGGAAUUCGGUCUUCUUUGCCGCCACCAUUUUCACUACGAUUGGUUAGUUUUAUUAAGGAUUUUAAAUAGACUUAAAGAAAAACGGAACAGAUUCAAACAUUUUAGGAAAGAUGUUUCCUUUUUCAAAAUUUACCAUUCUGUCCCAAGACAAGUCGGGUUUUGGGAGAUCUUAUACAGUUUUUUCUCAGGAUAUGGAAACCUUGCCUGUAAAACGAACACCGGGAGAAUCGUCACCAUUAUCUACGGUCUAAUUGGCAUUCCGCUCAUGCUGUUCGUGCUGAAAGUGUACGGAGAGCUCGCAAUCAAAUGGGUUCAAAAGAUACGGUAUUAUCUGAAAAGAGUCAUUCGACGAUGUGUGAGAAGAUGCAAGAGGAAUGGUCUGAAAAAAGCGGAUACCAUUGAGUCGGUGGCCUCGGAUGAAGUGCCCGAUGGGAAAGAAGGAGGCAGUGAGGGUUCGGUGAGUUUUUAUAUACAGAAAUUAAAAUAAUGCCUCCUCCCUCUGGGCACAAUCUUUAGUACAAUUUUCAGGAAGAAGAGGAGCGAAUCACGACAUUUCCAGUCAAGUGGGCCCUUUUCAUCGUCUUCCUAUUCAUGGUGGUUUGCUCGUUUAUUGUUUCAUUUUGGGAGAAAUGGGAUUUCCUCACCGCCUUCUAUUUCUUCUUCGUCUCUCUCUCCACCAUUGGAUUCGGUGACGUCAUCCCUGAACACCCACGGACCGCGUGUGGUAAUUGACGCCAAUGAAUACGAAAAAUAUGCAAAUAUCGGUGUUUGUUGCAGGCCUCUUCAUCCUCUAUUUCGUGGGCCUCGCCCUUUUCUCAAUGGUCUAUGCCAUUCUUCAGGUGAUUGGAAAAAUUGGGAGAUGAAUGACAUAUACAAAAAACAAAGAAAACUUUUUUAGGAGCGAGUAGAGAAUCAGUACAUGUGGGCGUUGGAGUUGAUUGAUCAAGAGUACCAGGAAAGUCAAAAAAUGGAGCAAAAUGAAUUGGAGGAUCAGGAUCACAUUGAUAAACCAUCAAUGCUAUUCGAUAAUCCGAUAAGCAAUGGUGGUGGAAUGGGCAAGAUGAACUCUCAGAAUUCGAUCAGAUGGAGACACAAGCAAGGUACCAAUAGUAUGGAGAAUAUGCCGGAUCGACCGGCGAGUGAGAGAAGAUUCAGUGGUAAGAAACGAAAAUAUUAGCCAUCAUGAACUCAUGAACUUUCAGUUUUCACCCCAGGAGAGCCUAUGUGUGCUCCCCCACCUGUUCUUGGAACUUUUAUGCUCCAUAACCUGUCCUUGAAGAAAAAGUUGUUGGCCAGAUCUGAAAGCAUCCUCAACCAACAAGGGUAUGUCACAUUUUUUGGUUCUUUUUGAUACUAACGCCAUCUUUUUGGUUUUGCAGCACUAAACGUCCGUCCACUUUGUUUCCAAGCAAUGAAAUGCUUUCCACGUCGGCCAACAGCUCAAGAGGGUACUAAUAAAACAUGAUUUAUGAGAAAUUGAGACAUUUAGUGCUCUCCCCCACAUACAUACAUCAUUCUAGGUCGCCAUGGCCGCACGCAGCCGACAUGAAUCAUCCGCGUGAGCCGACGACAUUAGGGCCGAACAAGCCGACGCCGGGCGUCUCUGCCCCCAACCUGACCAUCACUGGAGGCAACGGAAACCGCUCUCCGUCGGGCGCCUUAUCGGUGAUCACCGAGGCGAGCGACGAGGAUUCACGGCACCACUUCAAAAAGCAUCGAAAGCAGCUGGCAAAGACUGUGGAAACCGACGAGGCGAUCUCUCAUCAUGGUACACAAAAACUGUGUUUUCUUUCUUUAUCUUUAUCUUUAUCUUAUCAAAUCAUUCACUCGGAUCAAAGCGAACCGAAUCGAAUUGAAAAGUUUCUGAUACAAAGACUUGUCACGGGUUUUUCAAUUUUGUCUGGCGAUUCCUGCACUUGUUGCACGCAGUUUUGCGUGCAAACCUUUUCAUAAUCAUUGAAAAAUUAAAAAAAUGACGUUUCUGGAAUCCUGGAAUUUGACAAGUCUGGAUACUGUACAUUUUAGGUGGGAGUGCCGAAAGCCUGGACCAAGUGAUGGACGAACUGCAACUGGACUCUCAGGAUCAGUCAAUUACCCCCAAACCUUAUCGAGAUCCGCACUCAACCACAAAAUUCCGCAAACGGGACGAGGCGGUGGCGUCGCGUGCCGAAAAAUUGCUAUUGUCGCCAAAAGAACCGCUUGAAGAGGAGGACGAGGAUGAAGAUUUGUAG